AUGUUAAAAUUUAUUGUGGCUUUGUUGAUUGGAUUGUCAAUUCUACCAAAGACAACUCAAUGGGGUCAAUGCGAUGGUAUUGGUUAUACAGGUUCAAAAGAUUGUUGCGCACCGUGCGUAUGCCAAUAUAGUAAUCCUUGGUACUCACAAUGCUUGACAGGAUCAACACAAUCAACAGCAAUAUCAUCAAGCUCUAGUAGUUCUGUAAAUCAAGGUUGUAGUGCUCUGUGGGAGCAAUGUGGUGGUAUUGGAUGGACUGGCCCAACAUGUUGUUAUCAAUCAACAUGUGUUGUUAGUAAUCCAUAUUAUUCGCAAUGUUUACAAUCAGGAGCAUCAUCUAGUUCUUCAUCUACUUCAAGUAGGACUAGCAGUAAAACAACGCCGUCUACAAAUGAUAAUCGUCAACUCGGUGUUACCACUCGUUAUUGGGAUUGCUGUAAACCAAGUUGUGCAUGGCCAGGUAAAGCUUCUGUGACAAGUCCAGUUAAAACAUGUGCGCAAAAUGGUAUUACAUCUGUUGAUGCUAAUACUCAAUCAGGCUGUAAUGGUGGUACUGCUUAUAUGUGCAAUAAUCAACAACCAUUUAGUAUUAGUUCAACUCUUUCAUAUGGUUAUGCUGCUGCUCAUAUUGCUGGUCAAACUGAAGCGAACUGGUGUUGUGCUUGCUAUUCAUUAAUAUUUACAUCAGGACCUGUUAUUGGUAAAGAAUUAAUAGUUCUAGUAACAAAUACAGGUGGUGAUCUUGGUAAUAAUCAUUUUGAUCUUCAAAUGCCUGGUGGUGGAGUUGGUCUAUUUAAUGGAUGCUCAAGUCAAUUUCCUGGUCCAUAUUCAUGGGGUCAAACAUAUGGUGGUGUUAGUCAAAGGUCAGAUUGUGCUAAUUUACCAGUUGUUAUUCAAGCAGGUUGCUAUUGGCGAUUUGAUUGGUUUAUGAAUGCUGAUAAUCCAACGAUGAGUUUCAAACAAGUAUCUUGUCCAUCUGUUCUUACUGCAAAUACUCAAUGUAUCAGAGUUUAA